AGUUGACGUUGCUACGCCUCGCUAGAUGAUUGGCGAGGUAAGAUGGCGGCGCCAGAGGAGCCAGAAUUAUCUCAGGCGCAGACAGAAAAGCUCCUUCAAUUUCAGGACCUAACUGGUUUGGAAUCAAUGGACCAAUGUCGUCGAACAUUAGAACAGCAUAAUUGGAACAUAGAGGCUGCAGUACAGGACCGACUUAAUGAGCAGGAAGGAGUUCCCAGUGUGUUUAACCCUCCACCAUCCAGACCAUUACAGGUUAAUACAGCAGACCAUAGGGUAUAUAGUUACAUCGUCUCAAGGCCACAGCCCAGGGGGUUAAUAGGAUGGAGUUACUACUUGAUAAUGCUACCUUUCAGAUUUACAUAUUACACACUUCUGGACAUUUUCAGGUUUGCCCUGCGUUUCGUGAGGCCAGAUCCUCGUGGCCGUGUGACAGACCCGGUCGGUGAUGUUGUUUCCUUCAUUCAUAGUUUUGAGGAGAAGUAUGGUCAGUCUCACCCUGUAUUUUACCAGGGAACAUACAGCCAGGCACUGAAUGAUGCCAAACGGGAGCUCCGCUACUUAUUAGUGUACCUUCAUGGUGAGGAUCAUCAAGACACUGACCAGUUUUGCCGCUCCACCUUAUGUACAGAAGAGGUCGUAACUUUCCUCAACACACAAAUGCUCUUUUGGGCAUGCUCAACCAGCAAGCCUGAGGGCUACAGAGUGUCCCAAGCAUUGCGGGAGAAUACCUAUCCAUUCCUGGCCAUGAUCAUGCUGAAGGACCGCAAGAUGACAGUGGUGGGCAGGCUUGAGGGUCUUAUUCAGCCAGAGGACUUCAUCAAUCAGCUCACCUUCAUCAUGGACGCCAACCAAACACAUCUGAUGUCAGAGCGCAUGGAACGGGAGGAGAGGAGCCAGACCCAAGUGCUAAGGCAGCAGCAGGAUGAGGCCUAUUUGGCCUCCCUCCGCGCCGACCAGGAGAAGGACCGAAAGAAACGGGAAGAGGAGGAGCAGCUGAGGCAGGAGGAGGAGAAGGUCCGACAGACUGCUCUGGCUGAGGAGCGAAGACUACGAACACUUGAAGAGGAGAAGGAGAGGAAGUCAGAAUGUCUUCCCCCAGAGCCACCUGCAGAUGAUCCUGAAAGUGUCAAAAUAGUGUUUAAGCUGCCCAAUGAUACAAGAGUAGAGCGACGGUUCCUCUUUGGGCAGUCUCUGACGGUGAUAUACGACUUCCUCUUCUCUUUGAAAGAAAGCCCGGAGAAGUUUCAGAUCAUUACAAACUUCCCUCGUCGAGUGUUGCCCUGCCUUCCGACUGAAGAGCAACCCAACCCUCCCACACUGAAAGAGGCGGGACUCAGUCGCUCUGAGGUCCUUUUUGUUCAGGACCUUACAGACGAUUAAUAGAUGACAUGCCUCCUGUAAAAUGCAAAUCAGUUUUCUCCAAUGCCCAAACCCCAGUUUUUUUCUUAUUAAAUGGCCAUUAUGCACAAGUCAUCAUUGAGAUAACAUCCUAACCUGGAAAAAUAUAUACCCCCCCCUCUACAUCCACUCCUUGUUUGGUUGUGUCUACAGGGUUCCCAGUAGCCUGAAAAGUCUUGAAUUUUAUCAAAAAAGUCCUUCCUUGAACUAAUCUUUGUAUUUGUGGGCACAAAGACAUUGUUUCCCCUGCACUAGCUAUCAAGUAGUUCCUGUCAUUUCUCACCAGUAACUUUUGCAGCAUAAAUCAUCUACUGAAAUUUACUGGAACAUUAGCAUAGCUUUAUGCAAAACUAGACCCAUAUCCCAAUGACUUACCGUUAAAGCGACUGCUGAGGGCAGGUUUUAUUAAGACCCACUGACACUCUGAGGAUGCAGCAUGGAAAAGUAUGGAUUUCAAUGAUAGUGUGAAUGCUAUUUUCAUGUCAAUGACUCGAUCCUUGAGCCAUGUGUCCAAAAUUGAUUGAAUCUUUUGCCCCCCCUUUGCAUGUUUCCCCUCGAAUGAUUAUCAAGCACAGUGCUGGUGUGGAGUGGUGAGCAUUGCUACGAUAGUGAAUCUAUGUGGCGUGGAAAACAAAUGUCCUACUUUAAGGAGUAGGUUGUUGGAUUUGGACUAAAAGUAAAUAUGGGAACCCUGUUUUAAAUGAGCCAUGACCUGUACAUAAGUUAGAUAUUUAAAAUCCCCAAAUUGACCUUACAUUUUUUUUAUGUUUUUUGUCUCAUGAAAUGACCAAAUGCAGGUUGUUUACUAUGUGAAGCAGACUGCCUCAAGCUAUUGAAGUAAAAAAAGAAAAAAAAAAUACAAUACUUAACGGGCCACAGUUUUCCAUGUGGCUUCCUCUAAUAAAGUACAAGUCUGCCCAUA